AUGGUGAUAGAUAUUGAAGGAAAGGAACUGAAAGUAAUAGCAGAGUCUGUUCAUGACAUGUUAGGCUUACCAAUUGGUGGAACCAAACUUACACAACUGGAUCGAUGGCCUAAGGAUGAUACAAGUUAUGAUGAAUGGAAGCAGCAAUUUAAAAAAGAUUCAAUCAUCCGACUGAGUUUGUUCUAUGCUGAUAAUAUCCACUCAGAAGCUUUGACAGUAACACGUAAACGUCCAACAAUUUGUUAUUGGAGUUUAGAGAAGAUUAGAUAUCGAGAGGCAUUUGAACAAGAAAAAGGUAAAUUUGGACUUGGAGAAAUAAAUGAAGAAUUUGUUGAUGAACAAGAUGAAGGAGAUACAGAUCUCGAAGACAAUGAUUAUGAUAAAGAUGAAGAUCAUUUUGUUGAGGCAUAUGAAUCAAAAAUAUCAAAAAUGAUUAAUAGUUUUGAGAGGAUGAAGGAAAAGCUGAAUUCAAAGCUUAAUGAUGCGAUGACAAAGUUCCUUGAAAAGGAAAGUUUUAGAAUUUUCAAUGAAAAGAUGACAAAUAUGAUUGUUGAAGAAAAAACUGAAAGCACAACACUUUUUAAUUUUCCAAUUAAUGAAACUGGAGUUGAAGGAAUCAAUUUGACACCAAUAAUGGGUCAAAAAACAAAUGAUAAAACAGAAAAUGAAGAUAAAGAGGGAAAUGGUGAAGAAGACAGUGAUAAUGGUGCAAGUCAACCAGAAGUAGAUUAUUUGCUUAAUUCAAAUGAAGCAGAUAAUGAAGAAAUAAAGAAUGAUGCGGAUAAGAAUAAAAAAGAAGGUGAAAUUGGAGUAAAAGAGAAAGAUGGAAAGAGGAAUGAAAAUGAGAAUGAUGAAGAGGAAAAAGAUGAUUAUGCUGAGGAAACAAAUAAUCAUGAGGAGACUAUUCGACAAACUGAAAAUGAAAAUUUGUUGGAUAAAGUUGUUCACAACAUUGUGGACAAUGUCCUUGGAAUUGGAAUUUCAACUUUAAAUAGUCAAGAAGAUGAAAUCUGGAAUCCUCCUGAAAUGAAAGCUAUUUUCGAUAAUAUUGAUAUAGGGUCACCAAUGAGUACAGGUAAAGCUAAUACUCUUGCAGAAAAUGAAAAAUCAGAAGGUGUACAUAAACAAGGAACAAAAGUUGAAAAAACAAAGGAAGAUGAUAUAGAUAGAAAUGAAGGAGGAACAGAAGCUAAGAACACGAAAGAUGGAGGUGAAGAAAAACAUAUAGAAACUGAGAAAGGAAAUGCAGAAGAUAAAGGAAAGAAACAGUCAGAAAAUGAAAACAAGAAAGAUACUCAUCCAAGCUUUAGUCUAGGUCUCAGUCAACAUUCAGAUCAAACUUCAAGUAAAAAAUCUAAUGAAUCUUCACCAAAAAAAGCACUUACCAAGAAAGAAAUCAAAGACGACCAUCAGAAGGUUGUUAUCAGAUUAGCAAAGAAAAAUGUUCUUAAUCCAAAUCCAAUCUCUGUGUCAAUUCCUACUAAAGUAGGACCAUCAAAGCAUGAUCUGGAUCAACCAAGAGAGAAGAAGCUUGCUGAUGCUUUCAAAUCACCUUUCAAAUGCAGAAUAACAGACACAAAACCCAAACUGACACAUCAGGAGAGUAUUGUGUGUGAAUGA